UCCAGUAAAUUCUGGCAUCUUGAUGAGCCUGUGCAGGUGUAUCUACUUGACAUCAGUGACUUUGCACAUACAUACUCCGGACCUACUCCUGGAAUACUUUGCCAGCCCUCCCGAACACAUUUUCCUUCGCAUAGCCCUUGCCUGUUCCUAGGUCCUCGCCUAGAGCAUCCCCACAUUCCACAGCAUUUCUACUCGCGUAGAAAUACGUCAGCAUGACUUCCCUAAGGUUCCAUCUUCUGACCGAAUGGUCUCUUAUGUUUUGGUUGUGAUCGGGCUUGUACUAAAGCAUGGCAGGUUUCGUGGCGUGACCGUGAUUACGAUCACUGUUGGCGAGUCCGAAGCUCAGUUCCAAGCCCACAAGGACCUCCUAUGCCAGAAAUCCCCAUUCUUCAACGGCGCCCUCACCUCUGAUUUUAAGGAGGCAGCCGAACACGCCAUCACCCUACCGGAAGACGAUCCAGAUACGUUUGAACGGUUUCUGCAAUGGGUAUAUUCAGGUACAUAUGUUCUGUCGGGGAUCGGGAGCGAUGAGGAGGUAGACGAGCGAUAUCUGCAGCUUGCACAGCUCUAUGUUCUUGCUGAUAAGCUUGAAGUACCCGCGCUGAAGCAUAACAUAAUCAACGAGAUGUUCCUCAUGAAGCUGAGCCCAGGCAAGCCUCCGCAGGUCGAUGUCAUCUCAUACGUCUAUGAGAACACGCGGGUCCGGUCGCCACUGCGCCAGUUAAUAGUUGCGUGGCUAGUGUGGCAUGUCGAUUUUGAAUGGUAUAAGACGGCUAGUGCCAUGAAUUUCCUGCCUCAGUGUCCGGAAUUUGCAGCCGAUUUGGCAGUUGCUCUGGCACGGCGAUUUGUCGACUUUAACAUGUUAGACCCAUUCACGGGAUCUCCGGAUAAUUUCUAUCACGAAGGGUCCGUGUUCCCAUAUGUACAGAGUCCCACGAGCGACAACCCGAAGCAUGCAAGGCUUGGGAGCACGAAGAAGCAGCCCUUGGCCAUCAAUACCAGUGCAACGCAGCAGUCGAACCCGGGACUUCGGCCGAUGGCUAGCAUAAACACGAUUGCGGCGUCAGGAGUAGGCGGAUCGAGAAUUGGCAGUUCGAUGAGCUUAAGGACAUCGGAGCCUCUCAGGAGCCCUGGGUUAUUUUCUUCCGCAAGUUCUGAUACAGCUCAAACACCAACCUUUAGCAGUAGCCAGGGGUUCGGAUACGGACCAGGCGCAGGAUCGUCGAGUGCAAGCUCGAAUGGCUUUGGUUAAGAACUGUAGGAAUUCUCGCUUGUUGGGGUUGAAAAGGAUCGUUUCGGAUAUCGGUAUGGGAGGAAGACUUCAAGCGUGAGGAGUUGGGAGUUGUGGUUUUGGGCUCUGGAUGUUCUAUGUAUGGGAGUAUCGCGAACUUUGCCAGUAUCAUAUCUAAAUACGGAGUACGUGCCAUGGGCCUUCU